UCACUUCCUUGCAGUUCACGUUAGACGCCUGUUCUCUUCUUCUCUCUCUGUUUCUACACUGAACCCAAGCUUUUAAGCUUUUUCUUCUUUUGUGUCGUGGGCAAGUUUCUUCUAUUUUUUCGUUUUCUCUUGGGGUUUUCGUUCUGGGUUUGUUGCAGUGUUGCUGGAGGUGAGAAUGGAGGAAGGGGUGUUGUUGGAGAAGAGGGAGAAAAGGAAGGAGCUUUAUGGGGUUUUAGUAAUGGCGAUGGUGUUUCUUGUUAUUUGUCCUAUUGCUUCUUCACUCAAUGAUGAAGGGAAGGCGUUGAUGUCCAUAAAGGCGUCAUUUAGCAACGUGGCAAAUGUGCUGCUUGACUGGGAUGAUGUCGACAAUGCUGAUUUUUGUUCUUGGCGUGGUGUCUUCUGUGACAAUGUCAGCCUUUCUGUGGUUUCCUUGAACUUGUCAAAUUUGAUCCUUGGUGGGGAGAUUUCGUCAGCCAUUGGUGAUUUGAGGAACCUGCAGUCCAUAGACUUGGAGGGGAACAAAUUGACUGGACAAAUCCCAGAUGAGAUCGGAAAUUGCGGUUCUCUUUCUUACCUGGAUUUAUCUGACAAUAUGUUGUAUGGAGACAUACCUUUCUCCAUAUCUAAACUCAAGCGGCUUGAAUUUUUGAAUUUGAAGAACAAUCAGCUAAAUGGCCCUAUUCCUUCAACAUUAACUCAGAUUCCUAACCUGAAAACUCUCGAUCUAGCAAGAAACCAGCUUACGGGGGAGAUACCCAGGCUAAUUUAUUGGAAUGAAGUAUUGCAGUAUCUUGGAUUGCGGGGCAAUAUGUUGACUGGAUCUCUUUCACCUGAUAUGUGUCAAUUGACUAGCCUGUGGUAUUUUGAUGUCAGGGGAAAUGAUUUAACUGGUAGAAUCCCGGACAGCAUUGGUAACUGUACUAGUUUUGAAAUCUUGGAUAUUUCUUAUAAUCAGAUUAGUGGGGAGAUACCAUAUAAUAUUGGUUUCUUACAAGUUGCGACUUUGUCACUUCAAGGAAAUAAGCUUACAGGGAAAAUUCCUGAGGUAAUUGGUUUAAUGCAGGCCCUUGCUGUAUUGGAUUUGAGUGAGAAUGAACUAGUUGGGCCUAUUCCACGAAUACUUGGCAAUUUAUCAUACACUGGAAAAUUGUACCUCCAUGGAAACAAGCUUACUGGCCCAAUUCCACCAGAGCUGGGCAAUAUGUCAAAACUUAGCUACUUACAAUUAAAUGACAAUCAGCUAGUCGAUACAAUCCCUGCUGAACUUGGGAAGCUGGAGCAGUUGUUUGAACUGAAUCUUGCCAACAAUCACUUGGAAGGACCCAUUCCACAUAACAUCAGCUUCUGCAAGGCCCUGAAUCAGUUCAAUGUGCACGGUAAUCGCCAUAAUGGCUCUAUUCCAUUAGGCUUCCGAAAUCUCGAAAGCUUAACUUACCUAAAUCUAUCGAUGAAUGAUUUCAAAGGUCGGAUGCCCAUUGAACUGGGGCAUAUCAUAAAUCUUGAUACAUUGGAUCUUUCUGGCAAUAAAUUUUCGGGGUCUGUUCCUGGUUCCAUUGGUGAUCUUGAGCAUCUUCUUACCUUGAAUUUGAGUAGCAACCGACUUGAUGGACCACUACCUCCCGAGUGUGGGAAUCUCAGAAGCGUACAAAUCAUUGAUCUAUCUUUCAAUAGUUUCUCUGGCAACAUUCCUGCGGAAUUGGGUCAGUUGCAAAAUAUUGCUUCCCUAAUACUGAACAACAACAAGCUGCAAGGUGAAAUCCCAGAGCAGCUGACUAAUUGUUUCAGUCUUGCUAAUCUGAAUGUCUCUUAUAACAACUUAUCUGGCAUUAUACCUCCCAUAAGAAACUUCACUAGAUUUUCACCUUACAGCUUCAUUGGAAAUCCUUUGCUAUGUGGCAAUUGGCUGGGAAUCAUAUGUGGCCCCUCUCUGCCAAAGUCUCGAGUUUUCUCCAGGGCUGCAGUUGUUUGUAUGACUUUGGGCUUCAUCACAUUGGUAGGUAUGUUUAUUGUUGCGAUUUACAAGUCCAAUCAACAGAAGCAAAUGAUGAAGGGACCCAUGAAAACUGCGGAAGGCCCACCAAAGCUAGUUGUUCUCCACAUGGAUAUGGCUAUUCAUACCUUUGAUGAUAUAAUGAGAUUCACUGAGAAUUUGAGUGAUAAGUAUAUCAUAGGGUAUGGUGCUUCGAGCACAGUUUACAAAUGUAUGUUGAAAAAUUCCCGACCAAUUGCAAUUAAGCGACUCUACAAUCAGUGUGCAAACAACUUGAGGGAGUUUGAGACUGAACUUGAAACCAUAGGCAGCAUCAGGCAUAGGAACAUUGUCAGCUUGCAUGGCUACUCAUUAUCUCCAUAUGGGAACCUCCUUUUCUAUGACUAUAUGGAGAACGGCUCUCUGUGGGAUCUUUUGCAUGGGCCAUCAAAAAAAGUAAAACUUGACUGGGAAACACGGUUGAGAAUUGCUGUUGGCGCAGCUCAGGGCCUUGCUUAUCUUCACCAUGAUUGCAACCCUCGAAUUAUUCACAGAGAUGUCAAGUCCUCGAAUAUUCUGCUUGAUGAGAAUUUUGAGGCCCAUCUGUCUGAUUUUGGGAUUGCAAAAUGCAUACCAACGACAAAUACACAUGCCUCUACUUAUGUUCUGGGAACUAUUGGCUAUAUUGACCCGGAAUAUGCCCGUACCUCUCGACUUAAUGAAAAAUCGGAUGUUUAUAGCUUUGGCGUUGUUCUUCUAGAGCUUCUGACAGGGAAAAAGGCUGUGGACAAUGAAUCGAACUUGCACCAACUGAUACUGUCUAAGGCUGAUGAUAAUACUGUGAUGGAAGCUGUUGAUCCAGAAGUGUCAGUUACAUGCAUGGAUUUAGCCCAUGUCAGAAAGACUCUCCAACUUGCUUUGCUGUGCACAAAGCGUUACCCAACUGAGAGACCAACCAUGCAUGAGGUUGCCAGGGUUUUGGUCUCCCUAGUUCCAGCUCCUCCCACAAAACUUUGUUCAGCUCCACCUAAGUCCAUUGACUAUGCCCAAUUUCGAGUUCAGCAGGAGACCAACUCAUCUGAUGCUCAAUGGUUUGAUCGGUUCCAAGAAGUCAUAUCUAAGAACACCCUUUAAAGCCAUCAUUAUUUUUUAUUCAGAAAGAAGACAGGACAAAAGUUAAUGAAAUAGAAUCCAGUUUUUGGUUUGGAGGAGCUAUCUUCUGCCUCAGAUGGUGUAAAAUGAGCAUAGGUUCAACCAAUGUGGGAUUUUUUUUUGGAUGUUUUAUUUGAAAUUAAGCCAAUUAUGAGAUGAUACUCUAUGCUACCUUUUAUACAAACAGUUUGAGAAAUUUGUAGGAGUGUGUUUUGUUCUGUCAAUUGUCUUGGUCUAUUUCAAAGUACAGUGUAAGCUUUAUAUAUUAGGCUCGGGACUUAUCAGUUGAUCACUCCUCAAUGCAUGAUUAUGGGGAAAUUGCCUUUAAAAGGUUCUACUUCCAACUGCAUUCCUUUGUAAUUUUAAUUGUUCUGCACGUUGAAUUGUGUCCUCAACUUUCUUCAAACUGUCUUCUAAAUUCCGGAUUUAGGUUGUAUGGUUUCUGUUUUCAGGUUCAUGAUCAAACAAAUUUCCUUAAGGUACAGCCCGUCAUUUUUCCCUUUGCGACAAAGGGAUUGUGUAGGGGGUUGUCUCUGUUAAAGGUAAAUUUACAGAAUCAAACUCUUUACAAUUGCCUUCUUAUUGGUGCAGACUGCAGACAUGGCUCUCUGAGUAAAUAUGAUCCAUGCAUUGUGUAAAUAUGAACUUAAAGCAUUCUCCUUUUUGGGAUGGGUGGGGGCGGGGAUCAGAACUCAAAAGAAGAACCCUUUGUGAUUUUUUUGCAUGCCUUUUGCCUGCAAAUUUAAAAUAAGGAGAGAUUCCCUGAAUUGACAGUCCAGGAGAAUCUUUUGUUCUCUGGUUUGCUCGGA